GUUUGUUUGAUUUGCUAGUUAAACGGUGUACGGUUGAACUUCAGCGCAGUGUAGAAUGAUUCAGAACGGAGACUCGAUCGUUAUUUCCGGAAUCGCCGGAAAAUAUCCACGCUCCAACAAUGUGACUGAGUUUGCCAAGAAUCUGUUCGACAAGGUUGAUCUGGUGGAUGAUUCGGAAACUCGCUGGCGUCACAUCAACCCGGAAAUUCCUCGCCGAACGGGUAAAAUCAGCCAUUUGGAGAAGUUUGAUGCGCAAUUCUUCAACGUCGGAGCAACCGAAGCCCACUGCAUGGAUCCACAGAUGCGGAUGUUGUUGGAACAUUCGUACGCCGCGAUCCUGGAUGCCGGGAUCAAUCCGGAAGUCCUGAAGGGUUCGCGAACUGGCGUGUAUAUUGGUGUGUGCUUCUCGGAGUCGGAGAAACAGUUCGUGCUGGAAAAUUGUGCUCCCAAGGGAUACGGCAUCAAGGGAACUACUCGGAGCAUGUUGGCGAACCGUCUGUCCCACUGGCUUGACUUCUGUGGACCCUCGAUGGCCGUCGAUACGGCCUGUAGCAGUUCGAUGUACGCUCUAGACUGUGCGUACAAUGCCAUCCGAAACGGUCGAUGCGAUGCGGCUUUAGUCGGUGGAACCAAUCUUACGCUGCAUCCGUACGUAACGCUACAGUUUGCUCGACUGGGCGUUCUCUCGUCCGAUGGAUUUUGUCGACCGUUUGAUAAGUCCGCUUCCGGUUACACCCGUGCCGAUGCCAAUGCCGUAGUCUUCCUCCAACGGGCGAAGGACGCCAAACGAAUCUACGUCCAUGUACUGCAUUCCAAGACCAACUGCGACGGCUUCAAGCAGGAAGGCAUAACCUAUCCUUCUGGACAGGUCCAAAAACAGUUGUUGGACGAGUUCUACAAAGAGCUCGGACUGCCACCUAGUGCAGUUAACUACGUAGAAGCGCACAGCACGGGAACAGUCGUAGGAGAUCCGGAAGAAUGCGAUGCGAUCGAGAAAGUGUUUUGCUGCGAUCGGAACGAGCCCAUGCUGAUCGGAUCUGUCAAAUCCAACAUUGGCCACACAGAGGCUUCGGCAGGGAUUUGCUCCAUCACCAAGUGCAUAAUCGCAAGUGAAACGGGACUGAUUCCCCCUAACAUUCAUUUUGUGUCAAAUCGCGCAGACGUACCUGCGCUCAUGAACGGCAAGCUGAAGGUCGUAUCGGAAGCAACGACUCUGACUGGACCUUUAUUAGCAAUCAACUCUUUCGGCUUUGGAGGAGCUAAUGCUCAUGCAUUGCUGCAGGCCAACACGAAAACCAAGACUUACCGUCCGGAGUGUACUCUACCUAGACUAGUAACCUGGAGUGGACGAACGCAUGAGGCUGUUGAAACGUUCUUCAACGAAGUAGCAAAACAAUCCCUGAAUGACGAGUUUUUUGCAUUGCUCAACAACAUUCAAAUUCAACCCGUACCGAAGUUUAACUAUCGUGGAUUCCGCAUCUUUGCGAACUCCAGUGAAACCCUUUUCCAAUCCCCGAUUGUUAAACUCAAUAAGCAGCUAGCUGUCCCUAUACUAAUGGUUCUUGGAGAUUGCGAUCCACACUGGAAAGCGAAGCUCGAUAUUUUCAGCGAGUUUCCCGUUUUUAAGCAAUUCGUGUGCGAGUGCUCAAAAGUCCUCGAAUCGGAGGGUGUAUUUCUAACCGAGAAUACCGCACCACUUCUCGGUACCAUAGUCUUUCAAAUCUGUCUCGUUGAAUUACUCGUCGCAGCGGAAGCCAUUCCGGAUGGAUUCACAGGAAUCUCGAUUGGGCAGAUAACCUGUGCCUAUCUGGAUGGAGCCUUUUCCAUGGACGUUGCCGUACUCUUGGGUCUAUACUACAGUUUGCUUCAUGCCGAAUCAAACGAUGAGGAAAAGGUUAAACUAAACGAGCUCGUACGGAAUAUUCUACCGCGAGAGAUUCAACCAUCCGACAAAUGGAUCAACGGUACAACCACCAAGGGAUUCGAAUCUUUCAAGCUGCUCAACAAUAAUGACACGUCAAUUAUGGAACCUACUUUCCCAAGUGAUUCGGUAUUGAUCGACAUCAGCGAACUACAUCCAAAGGAAGCUGUUCAGCAGGUCUUCAUCGUGCUGGGACAAUUAUAUCAAAACGGACGACAGCUGAAUCUGGCUAGCCUCUACCCUCCAGUCGAGUUUCCCGUAUCCCGAGGAACUCCAAUGAUUUCUUCCCUUAUUCAGUGGGAUCACAGCGAAGACUGGUACGUGAUUAAGUUCCAAGCACAACGCACCUCCGAUAGCGGCAUCCAGGUGUACCACAUAUGCCUCGCCGAUCAGGAUAAUAGCUAUCUGGCGGGACACUGCAUCGACGGCCGAGUUUUGUUUCCUGCCACCGGCUAUCUACAGAUUGUUUGGGAAUGCCUUGCCAUGCGGAAAGGACUCGUCGCUCAGGAACUGGCUGUCGAGUUCAACGAUGUGCAGUUUCUUCGGGCUACUACACUGGCUGCUGAUCAGUCCGUAGAGUUCACCGUACUCAUACAAGAAGGCACCGGACAGUUUGAGAUAUUGGAUGGCUCUACCGCAAUUGUGACGGGUCAGGUUAAAUUUUCAAAGCAACCCGAAUUCCUGACGAUGGAUGCGCCUGCAUCGGAGUCGACAGUCCUCCUACAUCGUGAUUUCUACAAAGAACUACGACUGCGCGGCUACCACUACGGUGGUGAUUUUCGAUCCGUCAUGAAGUCUCGCUCGGAUGGAUCGUUCGCUAAGCUUGCCUGGAAGAAAAACUGGGUAGGUUUCCUGGAUUGCAUGUUGCAAGGGGCGAUCAUUGCCUGCGACAGCCGAUCUCUGAUGAUUCCCACCGGUAUCGAGAAUGUUCGCAUCGAUCCCAUCAUGCACCUGAAGCUCAAGCUGACCGAUGAAGAUGGGCAAGAAUUCUACAAUCUACUGUACAGUCAACACUUGAAUGUUCUGCGCUCCGGUGGCGUUCAGAUAUCCGGAAUGCAAGCCAGUACAAUUCUGCGAAGACCACCCACGGGUAUUCCCGUGUUGGAAAGCUACCGAUUCGUACCGUAUCACCCGAAGUUUAUCAUUCAAUUGUCCGAGGCUAUGCGAAUCUUUGUCCAAAUAAUCUUAGAAAAUGCCCCAUCACUGAACCUCCACAUCCUAGAAUGCUUAAAGUCGGAACAGCAACCGAUCAUUCAGUUCAUCGACAACGCCGUACGGGAUCUUCCAGCUGUGAAAUCAAACCUGAUUGUUCUGAGUUCAGCCAAGCAUACCGUUCCCGACUGUGUCCAAGUGAAAAACGAAACCCUUCUCAACCAGAAGAAUGCCUCCUGUAUCAUUUGUUCCGAGCAGUAUCAAAGCCAUAGCUUCGUUUCCGAUGCCUUGGAUGCACUCACAACCGAUGGUUUUCUCGUCGUCCGUGAACAGGCCAACUUCCACAGUCUAACAAUGCGAGCUACCAAGGGACUGAAACUGUUAUCCACCAUCCCAACCGACGGAGAAGUGCUUCUCUUGUUCCAAAAGGACAACCAAACCAACGAAGUCCUGCUUCCCAUUGAAGUUUGCUCCACGGACUCCAACUACAGUUGGCUACAUCAACUGCAGCAGUCCCCGAACAAAAAUUCUGUUCUUCUCUAUUCCAUCGAUGACAAAUACUCCGGCAUUCUAGGGCUGGUAAACUGCCUCCGAAAAGAACCCAACACUCAACAGAUCCGCUGUUGCUUCAUAGACGAUCCCAGUGCACCACCCUUUUCGGUCGACAGUCCACACUACAGCGAACAACUCCGACUAGGGCUCGCCAUCAACGUCUACCGUGAAGGUCAAUGGGGAAGCUAUCGGCAUUGCAUUCUACCAGACAGCACCGUCACACAAUCCGUAGACCAUCACUGCUUCGCCAAUUGCCUCAAACCGGGUGAUCUGUCUUCGUUUGCCUGGAUGAACGGACCGUUGAAUGCUAAAUCACAACACCUGGUCAACGUAGUGUUCAGUUCGUUGAACUUCAAGGAUGUUAUGCUGGCUACCGGGAAGUUGUCGAUUGAUUCAUCGUUCUGUAACCGUCUCGAACGGGAGUGCGUCCUUGGAUUCGAAUACUCCGGCAUAACACCACGCGGUCUACGAGUGAUGGGUAUGAUACCUUCCGGCGCAAUGGCUAGUCAAGUUGCCAGUGAUCCCUUCAUGACAUUCAAAGUCCCGAUGGCAUGGAGUCUGGAGCAAGCUGCUACCGUACCGUGCGUUUACGGAACGGUCUACACUGCGCUGUUUUUGAGCUGUUCAAUCCAGCGAGGACGAUCGAUUCUGAUUCACGCCGGCAGUGGAGGAAUUGGAUUGGCUGCGAUCGAGACAUGCCUGGUUUAUGGAUUGGAGGUGUUCACCACAGUUAGCACACGGGAAAAGCGAGAGUUCCUACUGGCUAGGUUUCCUUCGCUGAAGGUGGAAAAUAUUGGAAAUUCUAGAGAUAUCUCGUUUGAGCGGAUGAUCAAAGUGCAAACCAAAGGACGCGGGGUGGAUUAUGUGCUGAACUCGUUGGCAGAGGAGAAACUACAAGCAUCGGUCAGGUGUUUGAAGACCGGUGGGCACUUCCUGGAAAUCGGAAAGUACGACAUGACCAAGAAUUCCAAGCUGGCCUUGGUGCUGUUCCAGCGAGGCAUUACGUUUACAGCUGUUCUGCUGGAUCUUUUGUUCCAAGGAGCGGUGGAACAGAAGCAGCGGUUGCAUCGGAUCUUGACGGAAGAUAUCGCACGCGGUGUGAUCAAACCGCUGCCGACUACGGUGUUCAAGGCCACAGAAGUGGAGAAAGCGUUCCGCUACCUGGCUAGUGGCAAACACAUGGGGAAGGUACUGUUGAAGAUGCGACAGUCGGAGGAUGAUCUGUGUACGGUACCGGUUCCGGUGACACCGAGGAUUCACUGCGAUCCAGAUCGGAGCUACGUCCUGGUGGGAGGAUUGGGUGGAUUUGGAUUAGAACUGGCAGAUUGGCUGGUGCUGCGGGGUUGCCGGAAGCUAGUGUUGAGCUCCAGCCGUGGAGUUAGCCAACCGUAUCAGGAGUACAGGAUAAGAACCUGGCAAAGCUACGGCGUCCAGGUAACCGUCUCCACCGAAGACAUCACCACCGAACGUGGCUGCCAACGGCUUAUCGGGCAAGCAUUGAACCUCGCAUCGGUGGCAGCAAUUUUCAACCUGGCAGUUCAGCUACGCGACUCCAUAUUCGAUAACCAGUCUGGCGUAGCCUUUGCCGAAUGUCUGGCACCCAAAGCCAGUGCCACCAUUUGGCUGGACCGAGUAAGUCGAACCCAAUGCCCGGAUCUGCAGCACUUUGUAGUGUUCUCCAGCGUUUCCUGCGGACGUGGCAAUGCCGGCCAGAGUAACUACGGUAUGGCCAACUCCAUGAUGGAGCGCAUUGUAGAACGGAGAAGGGCGGAUGGACUACCCGGCAAAGCAAUCCAGUGGGGAGCGAUAGGAGAUGUGGGGUUGGUGGCGAACUUGGCUGAAGAUAAGCAGGAUCUGGAAAUUGGAGGAACUCUUCAGCAGCGGAUGUCGUCAUGUCUUCAGGUGUUGGAUCGACUGUUGACGUGUGACGAACCCGUGGUGGCCAGCAUGGUUGUAGCGGAGAAGAACUCCGGAGCUGGCAACUCGCGAAACAUUGUAGAAGCGGUGAUGAACAUUAUGAACAUUAGGGACAUCAAGGCGAUAUCGCUGGAGAGUACUCUGGCGGAUAUUGGAAUGGAUUCGUUGAUGGCCGUUGAGAUUAAACAAGUUCUCGAAAGGGACUUUGAUUUGUCGCUGUCUGCGCAGGAACUCCGCAACUUGACAUUUGCCAAACUGCAUCAAUUGAUGGACAGCUCAGAGAAUGUGGAAAGAGAAGAACCGGGAUGUCAAACCGAAAGCAUCAACAUAGAUGGUCUGGAAAUGCUAGUCCGGAAUCUAGGUUCGGAAGCGACCAGUCAACAUAGCAUUUUAAGGCUGCAAUCAUUGUCCAACGAAUUGGACUACGACAAGGCAGUGCUCAUCAUCCCCGGCAUUGAAAGUGUCGCUGGAGAGAUUUGGACAAGUAUUGCAGCCAAACUGAAAGCCCCAACAUUCAUUCUCCAAACGAUGAACUAUUAUCAGUGCAAAAGCUUUCCGGAAAUCGUCGAUUCCAUUUUCGACGAGGUACGCGACAAAGUCUUCCAAAACGUUGACCAAUUCAUAAUCGUAGGAUAUUCGUUUGGAUCGAUCGUAGGAAUCGAAAUCGCCAAAAGGUUACAGAAAAUUCUUCCGAAAGGAGUCCUGUUCCUCAUUGAUGGAUCGCCGAAAUAUAUUCAGCUGAUGGCCAGCCCAGCCGUCCAAUCAUGCAAAACCGACGACGACCUUCAAACGAUCUUGAUUCUGACCAUUAUCUCCAAACUGUUCCCGAAUAAAAACCUAGCCAAUUUCACCGGUCAAUCGUAUACGGAAAAGAUUGCUUACCUGAAAGCUGUGGACAAGGACGAAAAACUUUACUCCAAACAGUACGUGGAACAAAUGCUGAUCUCGCUGUUCAAUCGCCUCAAAAUGUCCAAUUCCAUCGACCCCGAAGACUACACAAACGUUCUUCACUGCCCUGUUGUUCUACUGAAACCGACACAGCCCGUCAUUGCCAACAUCGAAGACGACUACGGGCUAUCGAGUAUAACGGAUUCCUUCGUCGUCACCAAAACCACCGACGGAACCCAUGCUUCGAUGCUGACGGACACCAAUCUACCCGACUACAUAAACAAAGAUUUUCUCUAGAAAAUAAAAUUCCCAUCGCUGCAAUUAAACAUAAAUUUCUACACACUCACAC